UGAAAGCCAAAGUUGGUACGCUCCAGUUCAGUUCAGUCUGUUGCUGUCACGUCGUGCGGUCGAGAGAAGCUGUAGGCGAAAUUGACGAACGGUCGGCGUGGUGUUGCAAAACUCGUCCUUGUAUUCUUGUAUUUUGGAGAGACAACAAAAUGGAGAGACAACUGCAUGUGGAGACUCGUUCAUACAAGGUAACAUCAACCAGAGCUUGCUGACCCUGGGUCGUGUGAUCACAGCCCUGGUGGAACACGCCCCCCACGUCCCCUACAGGGAGAGUAAGCUCACCCUGCUCCUACAGGACUCCCUCGGAGGCAGGACCAAAACCUCCAUCAUCGCUACUGUCUCUCCAGCUUCCUCCAACUUAGAGGAGACCCUCAGUACCCUGGACUACGCUCAUAGGGCAAAGAACAUAACAAUCAGGCCAGAGGUCAACCAGAAAACCAGCCUCAUGUCAGAUCUAGGCAAAUGCCUGACCAAUCAGACACGUGACGUGAAUAGCCAGUUGACCCAGAUGGUGGACACCCUGAGACAGGGCCUGGUGGACAUCAUGGCUACACAGCAGCAGGAGAACUGGAAGGACUGGGCAGCAGGCACUAAAGCUGCUGUCUCCAAGUACAAGCAAGAACAAUGUGAGAAAGAGGACCUCCAGAAGAAGCUAUCCAACAUGGAGGCUGACAGGAACAAGCUGCAGGAAGAGAUGGGCAACAUGAAGACUCAUCUAGAGGGCGAUCUGGAGAAAGGUCAGGAGUCUGAGCAACUCCAGCUGAAGACCAAGGACCUGGAAGAUGUCAUAAACAAACUUCAACAGCAAUUGGAGGAGAGAAAGAAGGAAUAUGAGGAGAAAAAUGAACAAGCUAAGAAAGACAUCAAGGGGCUCCAGAAGAGAAUAGCUGAGCUGGAAAAUGAGAGCAAAAGACUGGAGCAGGACAUGGGCAGCACUAAAGGGGAACUGGAGAGUAAACUGUCUCAGGAGAAACAGGAGGGAGAACAACUCCAGGCUAAAAUAACGGAACUUGAAGCAGAAAACCUGAACCUCCACAAGGACAUGGGCAGAUUCAAGGGCGAAUAUGAAGGAAAACUUGAUUUAGAACAGAAGAAGAGUGUCCAACUGCAGAAGAGAGUUGCUGAGAUGGAAACAGAAAACAGCAACCUGCAGAAAACCAUGGAGAGGCUGAAGGGAGAGGUGGAGGGAAAACUGGAGCAAGGCCAGAAGGAGACCUGGGAGUUACAGAACAAGAUCUCUGAGGUGGAGGCUGAAAAGGAAAAAGUACAGAAAGAACUGGAGAAUGUUAAAGAAGAACUGGAAGAAAACCUGAAGCAAGAGAAGCUUAAGGGAGAAGAACUGCAGAUGAAGAUCACCAAGGCAGAGGCAGACAAGGAGAAGCUCCUGGAAGACAUGAAGGCUGCCAAGAAGAAAUCUGAUGACAAGAUCAAGAAAAGAGAUGAGACCAAUGCUGACCUCCAGAAGAAGACCCAGGCUGUGGAAUCUGAAAAAGAACAGGUCCAAGGGGAGCUAAGGUCCUUCAAGAAGGAAACAGAAGAGAAAACUGAGCAACAUCAAGAAGCCAGCCAGGAACUCCAGAGCAAGAUCACAGCCCUCGAGACUGAGAAAGAGAAACUUAAUAACGAGAUCAAGACAAUGAAAGAAGACACAAAUGUUGCACAAAAGGCUGAAAAAGAAAGGACCGACAACUACCUGCAGAGCAUUGCUAACCUGGAGAAAGAGAAGAAGGAAGUACUGGAAGACUUUGAAACUUUAAGGAAGGAGGCAGAGGACCAAAUAUUUCAGGCUACUACAACUCUAUUGGAGGAGAAAAAGGCCACCGCUGCAGCACCCAGAGAGGUUGCUGACAGACAUGCUGAAAUUGAGAACUUGAAGACAGAACUGGACAGAAUUAAGAACCUGUCUGAAGACCAAACCAAGCAAAGCCAGUCAGAAAUCUCUGACCUUGAGAAGAGAAUAUCUGACCUUGAAGCUGAGGACAUGUUGCAGAAGGGAACAGAGGCUUUGAAGGGCACAACUGACCAGAAACUUAAGCAAGCCCAGCAGGAGAUCGUUGAUCUACAGAAAAACAACAAAACUGUCACCUCUCAGAAGGAAGAUCUCCAGAAAGAGUUUGAUGAGUUCAAGGAAGAGACAGAAAACCAGGCUAAGCAAGCUCAGUCAGAGAAAGAAGAACUUCAGAAGAAACUCUCUGAGACAGAUACAGAGAGAGAGACCAACUCCAGAAGGAUCUGGACUCUUCCAAAGCUGAAACAAACAAGGUCACCAAGCAAGGCGAACGAGAGGUGACAGAACUGCAGAAGAAGCUUACCAAAGUGGAGGAGGAGGACAAGGACAAGAUACACAAGGAGUUCAAGGCACUCAAGAUAGACUCUGAAGAAAAA